UAUCGGAUAAUAAAAUAGUAAAUGAAUUGGUUUUGGUAGUUGUCUGCAUCCUGACUUACACAGACAUGUUUCUUUUUAUUGUUUUUGCUAUUUUCAUAGUACAAUGCUAUGGUUCAUUUGAAAGAAAUUGGAAUGAAACAUUUGAGAAUUCUUCAAUUAUAUUGCCAACAGUGCCUGAUGAUGAUAUUUAUAAAUGUGUCUCAUAUACAGGAGCUCACAUCGAUGUUUCACAUUGGAUCAAUCAAAAUUUCUCUGAUUAUAAAGAUUGUCAAGCAUCUGGUUUAUACACACUUAAUAGAAGAUAUAGAGAUUUCAAAAUUGAUAUCGAUGUUCAACGCUCAUGGAUUAUUGAAGUUUCAGCAAUUAUAUUCAAUGGUACUAUUAGACCAAUUUGUGGUCUUAAUUCUUUUGAUUUUGGUAUUCGACCAACAGAAAGUUGUGAAACAAAUGGAGUUAAUGUGACAGUAACAGAAACAGAUCGAUUUGAAACGAUCUGUCUUUAUUAUGAUAUUGGCAACUUAAUCAUCAUUACUACACACAAUGUAAGAUUAUAG